AUAAGAAAGAAAAAAAUAGAGGAAGAAUUGUUCCGUUUCCCUCCACAAAAAACGAAUCGACAUUUCUAGUAGAUGUCUCGUCUAUGGAGUGAGAGUUUCUGAAAAUGGCAGCAGAAAGAGUCAUCAUGACACUGAAACCCCAGAUUCGUUGGAACCAUCUACACACAUUACGGAAUCAUCAUCAUCGGAGUCAAAUUGCAAGACGAUUCCCCCAAUUUUCAUUUCGUCCUCUAAUACCUGCUCAUUUUCAUCUUCCGGUUCGCCAUCCUCAUCUCCGGCCUCAUCCUCUUCUGCUCCCAUCUCGUCCUCUUAAUAUGUCGUCUUUAGCUUCCCCUGUUUCUCCACCGGAUUCAUCAGCACCCAUUGAAACGGUGAGGGUGAUGAUUAAGGGUAGGGUUCAAGGGGUGUUUUACCGGAACUGGACGGUGGAGAAUGCGCAGGAGUUGGGUUUGAAAGGAUGGGUUAGGAACCGAAGGGAUGGUUCCGUAGAGGCUUUGUUUUCAGGGAGUGCUGAUAAGGUUGGAGAGAUGCAGGAGCGGUGUCGCAGGGGGCCACCGUCUGCAGUGGUUACUGGGCUCGAUGUGAAUCCUUCCACGGAGGAUCCAGGGACAGGGUUUGAACGCCGGUCAACUGUUUGAUUAAAUGCUUAACGACUCUAAGUGUAUCUUGCUACUAUAUUUUCAGGUCUCCUGGAUUCUAUAUACAAUUUGCUACUCAUAAUGAUUCUCCAUCCAUAAUGCGAUUCUUCAGUUGAUAGCUCUGGCUUACCAUUGUCGACAAGCGAAAAAUGCUUUUUUAGCUACCUCAAGAUGCCCGUUUUCUUUUUUCUCAUUCUUGUUUUUGUUCUUAAAUCUUAAUAUUCACAUUUGAAAUUUGAGUGGAAUUGUAUACUUAUAGUUGACUAAUAAGUUUAACAUUUAACAGUUAUGGAUAAGUUUUGUAACAAAGA